GUGCGUGAGCUGGCGCGCGAGAAAGGGCCCGGUCACGCUGAGGCUCGAGCGGCCGUCGCCAUUUUGUAGGGUUCUCUCUGACGCGGGAGCCGCCGCCGCCGUCGCCGCCACCCGGAGGCUCUUGUCAGGAUGGUGAAGCUGUUCAUUGGAAACCUGCCCCGGGAGGCCACAGAGCAGGAGAUCCGCUCACCCUUCGAGCAGUAUGGGAAGGUGCUGGAGUGUGACAUCAUUAAGAACUACGGCUUUGUGCACAUAGAGGACAAGACGGCGGCCGAGGAUGCCAUACGCAACCUGCACCACUACAAGCUGCACGGGGUGAACAUCAACGUGGAAGCCAGCAAGAAUAAGAGCAAAGCUUCAACCAAGUUGCACGUAGGCAACAUCAGUCCUACUUGUACCAACCAGGAGCUUCGGGCCAAGUUUGAGGAGUAUGGUCCAGUCAUCGAAUGUGACAUCGUGAAAGAUUAUGCUUUCGUACACAUGGAGCGGGCAGAGGAUGCAGUGGAGGCCAUCAGGGGCCUUGACAACACAGAGUUUCAAGGCAAACGAAUGCACGUGCAGUUGUCUACCAGCCGGCUUCGGACUGCCCCUGGGAUGGGAGACCAGAGUGGCUGCUAUCGGUGUGGGAAAGAGGGGCACUGGUCCAAAGAGUGUCCGGUAGACCGUACGGGUCGUGUGGCGGACUUUACCGAGCAGUAUAACGAACAGUAUGGAGCAGUGCGCACACCUUACGCCAUGGGCUACGGGGAAUCCAUGUAUUACAACGAUGCGUAUGGAGCACUCGACUACUAUAAGCGUUACCGAGUCCGUUCUUACGAGGCAGUGGCAGCGGCGGCGGCAGCUUCCGCGUACAACUACGCAGAGCAGACCAUGUCCCAUCUGCCGCAAGUCCAGAGCACAGCUGUGACCAGUCACCUCAACUCCACUUCUGUUGAUCCCUACGACAGACACCUGUUGCCAAACUCGGGCGCUGCUGCCACCUCAGCUGCUAUGGCUGCUGCCGCUGCCACCACUUCCUCCUAUUAUGGAAGGGACAGGAGCCCCCUGCGCCGUGCUGCAGCUGUGCUCCCCACAGUUGGAGAGGGCUACGGUUAUGGGCCAGAGAGUGAGCUGUCUCAGGCUUCAGCAGCUGCACGGAAUUCUCUGUAUGACAUGGCCCGGUAUGAGCGGGAGCAGUAUGUGGACCGAGCGCGGUACUCAGCCUUUUAAAAACUGGAGGUAGGAUAAUUGCGGACUGAACCCUCGGGCUGCGGUCAUAUAUGAGAACUUGCUCCGCGCGGUCCCCUUUGCCGGGAUGUUUCCAUUGCUUCAUGUUUCAGUAAACAAAGGAGUUUGUGACCAA